UAACUAUCAGAAAGGUUCCAAAUCUCCGAUCCUUAAGCAGGUAAAAAAGAAAAAACAACCCGAAUCCAUGUAUGGCUGUGUGAUUCCUUUCACUCUACAAGCCCUAAUUUACUCAAAUAAGCCCCAAUCUCUCCAUUCGCACAUGUGCAUAUAAUAAAUACAUAAACGUCAUAUGCAGGGAUAUAUAAUUGUAUAAAGUAGAAUUGAAUUGGAAAGAUUGAGGUUUUUUGUUUUCUCUUGGGACGGAUAGUGAAGUAGUACUGCAAUUUCAGCGCCAAUCGUCAGUAUGAGAAAAACCCUAACAAAACCCCUUCGUACCAUUUCUGCAAUCGUCAAAUACAGCUAUGGGAAAUCCAAAUUUCCUGCUUUCCUCACUGCACAUUUCUCGAAACCCUACCCGGAUUCUCAUUUCGCUUCCAUCCCAAAAUGGGUAUUUACCGCCACAAAGCUCCCUCCACCAGAAUGGGUGCAACCUUUCACGGACCUCUCUGAUAUUAUUACCGACCACAAGAACCUCCAACCGUCUCCAUGGGUCUCCCAAAUUUUGAGUCUUUUGGAUAAUUCACCCACCAUGGAGGAAAACUUGAAAACUUACUGCAAAAAAUUUCUUAUCAAGUUAUCACCCAGUUUUGUUGCAUUUGUCUUGAAGUCAGGCCAGCUUUCUGAAAAUUCUGAUACUGCUUAUCGGUUUUUCACUUGGGCUGGUAAGCAAAGGGGGUAUGCUCAUAAUUUUGAAUGCUAUGUGUCUUUGAUAGCAAUUUUGUCUGCUUGUAAUGAUGUAAAUAGACUUAGGGAUAUUUUUAGGGAGUUAAAAGAUAGGGAUUUUAUGAUGAACUUAGUGGGAGCUAAUUCUUUGGUUAGGAGUCUUGGAAGUGUGGGGAUGGUUGAGGAGUUGUUGUGGGUGUGGCGAUGUAUGAAAGAGAGUGGGAUUCAACCUACUUUGUAUACUUAUAAUUUUCUGCUUAAUGGUUUAGUGAAUUCUAUGUUUAUUGAGUCUGCUGAGCAAGUGUUUGAGGUUAUGGAAAGUGGGAAAUCUCCACCAGAUAUUGUUUCAUAUAAUACAAUGAUCAAAGGGUAUUGCAAGAUUGGGAAGAUUCAGAAAGCAAUGGAGAAGUUUAGAGAUAUGGAGGUCAGAAACGUGGGACCUGAUAAGAUUACUCAUAUGACCCUCAUCCAGGCAUGCUAUUCAGAGGGUGAUUUUGACUCCUGUCUUGGACUUUAUCAUGAAAUGGUGGAAAAUGAGUUGGAUGUUCCAUCGCAUGCUUAUAGUUUAGUAAUUGGAGGACUUUGUAGAGAUGGUAAGUCUUUGGAAGCAUAUGCUGUUUUUGAAAGUAUGGUGAGGAAGGGUUGUAGACCUAAUGCUGCAAUUUAUACUUCCUUGAUUGAUUCAUACAUGAAGAAUUCAAACUUGGAAGCAGCUAUGAGGCUUUUUGACAAAAUGAAGGACGAAGGGCUUGAACCUGAUGAAGUUACAUACGGGGUUAUUGUAAACGGUUUGUCCAAGUGUGGGAGAUUGGGAGAGGCCUUACAGUGGCUUGAAUACUGUCAAAAAAAUAAUAAAGCUAUAAAUGGCAUGAUUUAUUCUAGUUUAAUUGAUGGCCUUGGCAAGGCAGGGAGAGUAGAUGAGGCUGAAAAGCUCUUUGAGGAGAUGGCUGAGAAGGGGUGUCCUCGUGAUUCUUAUUGUUAUAAUGCACUAAUAGAUGCCUUAGUUAAAAGUGGAAAGAGUGAUGAAGCCAUAAUGCUUUUCAACAGAAUGGAACAAGAAGGGUGUGAUCAGACUGUGUAUACAUAUACAAUAUUAAUCAGUGGUUUGUUUAAAGAUCACCGAAAUGAAGAUGCAUUAAAAUUGUGGAAUGUGAUGAUUGAUAAGGGUAUAACUCCAACAGCUGCUUCAUUUAGAGCUCUUUCUACUGGACUUUGUCUUUCAGGCAAGGUGGCAAGAGCUUGUAAGAUCUUGGAUGAGCUGGCACCAAUGGGUAUUGUCCUAGAGACUGCUUUCGAAGAUAUGAUCAAUGUUUUGUGCAAGGCUGGCCGUAUUGUAGAGGCUUGCAAGUUAGCUGAUGGAAUUGUUGAUCGUGGUCGAGAAAUUCCAGGUAGAGUUCGUACAGUUUUGAUAAAUGCUCUAAGGAAAGCAGGGAAUGCGGAUUUAGCAAUAAAACUGAUGCAUAGUAAGAUUGGCAUUGGAUAUGAUAGGAUGGGUAGCAUUAAAAAACGCGUGAAGUUUCGAACUCUGGUAGACAAGUGAGUUUUAGGCUGGGGUUUGAGUCUGCAAUAAUGAGAUGUUUGGUAAUCCAUGCGGUUCGUGGCUAAAGAUUGUUUACUGUUCUUGGGUGAUGCAUGGACUUGGCAAUGCUGCAAAUAUGGAGGAAGCAGAGAAUGUAGAAUUGAGAAACAAGAAGCACCUCAAAGAAAUGUGUUUUAAUUUCAUUCGGGAUGGUGAGGUGAGGAUAGAUGUGAUGGAAGCUCUAAACCCAUCUCCGGAACUGCAAAUCUUGACAAUUCAUGGUUCCAGAUGCACCCGAUUCCCUUCCUGGAUUAUGCUGCCCCUCGAUAAUCUGAGUUCUUAAAACGAACAAGUAGUCAAGUGCUUUAAUUGUUAAUCUCUGCAUUCAUUCAGCAAACUGCCUUCUCUGCUGAGUUGGAAUUCGAUAAUGGCUGAAAACUGAAGACAAUGCUGAAUCUUUGAAGAUCUAAUGGUAUUCUUAUCUGAACAUUGAUCAGAGUGAGUUAUCUUACUUUCCACAUGAUGUUCUUGAUCGUAUAUGAAUGGGAAUACAUCAGUCUCUCUGUCACAAUUCCAUCCUUGUAUUUCACUCCUGA